AUGAAGGUAAAUGCUCGGAAGAAAUACAGCACCUUCAAAAAAGAAUUAUCCAAAACAGGUGAUGGGGCAAGACCAACAACUCCUAAUGAUGGAAUAAUAGAAAUUAAAGAUUUGUUGAAUCCUGCAGAGCUGUUGAGGGAUCAUAAUAUAUAUAAUUCGGAUGGGAUUAUCGAAAGUUCCUCAUCAAAUAAAGUUAUAUCGGCAACUACCAGCGAGACAUGUGACAACACAUUACAGGACAACAUUAUAGAAAAUAUUGAUGCACAAGAGAAUGCCCAGGAAUUUACUUCAUCAGCGAUACAGGGGAAAAACGAUAUUCUAUUACGUUUAAAAGCAUCAAAACAAAUAAGAGCUUUGGUUAAGUUUUCAAUUGGUAUAACGAUAUCAGUUCAAUUCUGGUUACUAGUCUGCAAAGACAAUGACGGUGAUGAUGAUGACAAUGAUGAUGGUGACGAUGACGAUGAUGACGACGACGAUGAUGACGAUGAUGAUGAUGAUGAUGACGAUGACGAUGACGAUGAUGAUGAAGAUUAUGGUGACGACGAUGACGAUGAUAAUGACGAUUAUGAUGACGGUGAUGAUGACAAUGAUGAUGGUGACGAUGACGAUGACGAUGAUGAUAACGAUGAUAAUGACGAUUAUGAUGACGGUGAUGACGACAAUGAUGACAAUGCUGAUGAUGAUGAUGAUGAUGGCGAAGACAAUGACGACGAUAAUGAUGAAGAUGAUGACAAUGACGAUGACGAUGAUGAUGACGUGUGUACGAUGAUGACAAUGUCGAUGACGAUAAUGAUGACGAUGAUGACGAUGAAGAUGACGAUGAUGAUGAUGGAUGUAGACAGCGAUGACGAUGACAAUGACGAUAAUGAUAAUGACAACGAUGGCGACGACGAUGAUGAUCAUAAUGACGAUGAUGAUGAUAAUGAUAAAGAUAAUGACAAUGAUGUUGACGAUGACGAUGACGGUGAUGAUGAUAACAAAGAUGACGAUGACGAUAAUGAACAUGACGAUGACGAUGAUGAUGAUGAUGAUGACAAUGAUGUUGACGAUGACGGUGAUGAUGAUGAAAAUGACGAUGAUGAUGAUGACGAUUACGAUGAUGAUGACGAUGAUGUUGACAUUGACGAUGACGGUGAGGACAUCAUACGAUGA